GGCAAACCCAGUCAAGCUGUAGUUCUGGGCUAUAAAUAGAGGCAAGCAUCCCCGCCGUUUGUUCCAUCACACCAUCAUCCUACUUCAGACACAUCAUCAAUCACCUCGAUACCAUUCCUUCUUCACCACACUCUCAUUCACCAACUCCAAGUUUACCAGUAUGCGAAGCGUAAUUGUUGCUGUCUGCCUCUUGGCUGCCGCCGCCAUGGCAUCCCCAGUAGAACUUCAAGCCCGAAAGCCAUGUGGAAUCAGCUGUGGCUCCCCCUACUACAACGGAGGCAACAACGGUGGUUUCGCAUACGAUUCCACCCACGCGACUGACAACAGCUUCCACAACGCCGACAGCACUUUUGCAUACGGUCCUAACGGCAUCUACAGCAACUCAAGGGACCAGAGUGGAGCUGCAUCAACCUAUGACCACACCUCCGUCAGCUCCUACCCCAGCAACGACAACAUCCCCGACAUCCGCGUACUCUGAGUUCUAUCACCCCCGCACCAGUUGUUGUCUAGCAUCAGAUAACUUCUUUUACCCUUGCUCUCCCAACGUGUGGAUUCAGCAAAGCAACGGACACUCCUUCGGAUCAUCUCUGCUCAACCCAUCCCAUCCUUUUCGUCAUCCUUGCAUUUUAAUUGUCAGGUUUCUGUUCACCAUUGUCUUCCACCUCCUCUCCUUGGUCCCUGUUGCAUGAGGAUUGUUUUGUAUUUGCGCGCGGAUCUCUUGUUCAUCUAACAUCUGUCUAGAGCCUCCAAGUGCGCAAUUUCACUUCGACAGUCUACAUACUUCUGUUUCCCUUGUGUCGGUUGCG